UUGGCUAAAAACGGGAUAAUCAUAUUUAAAAGACCACUCGGAAGGCUAUGAAAAUGGAUUUUUUUUAAAUGACUGGAUUAGGACUGUAGUGAUCUGAUUAGGGUGUGGCCUCAAGAUGUAAUUUCCCCCCAAUAUUUCAAUACUUCAAUACAAAAUUUGAUGUAUUUUCAUCAUUUGGAAGCCAUCGUCAUCAAAACCACUAGAGAAGAGGGUCGAAAUAUUUUAUUAUAUAUGUAAUAAUUCUACACAAACUACUUGCUUUCACUUUUCAAAUGCGCUGCCAAAAAACUGAGUGUCUUCAGAAUCUUCUGAUCUUUUCACAUGUGCCUGUAUGUAUUUUCUCCUUUGGUGUGUUGUGGCGUGUGGGUGCUAACUGCAUCAAGUGUAAAAAUAGAGCCAUGUUUCACUUUACAGCUUCACGAUGAGACAGGAAAUUCCACGUCUGAAGGAGGAAGAGCGUGUCAGAUUUACACGUCGUUGGACGAACAACAGCAUUUAUAACGCUUUCUAUCUUCAAUGAAGACCUUCAGAUCUCAGCUUUAGACAAGAAGCUCAUUAAUAUUUGGGGAACACAUUUUAAUGGUCAGAAUCUCUUUUCCUUGGUUGGAUACCAGAACUCUCUGCGGAGAUGAACGUGACCAACUGCACAGACCCUGUGGCUGAGUUCCAGUAUCACCUCUUCCCCACAGUCUUCAUCAUCUCCUUCAUCAUUGGUCUUCCAGGGAACCUGGCGGCGCUCUUUUACUUCACGGUUAGGGUCUCUCCGCGCACUCCCUUCAGCGUCUUCAUCAGCAACCUGGCCGUGGCGGACAUCCUGAUCCUCUGCACGCUGCCCUUUCGAAUCCACUACCACCUCAACCAGAACAACUGGGUGUUCGGAAACCUGGCGUGCUUCCUCACGGGCACGUUGUACUUUGCCAACAUCUACAUGAGCAUCGGCUUCAUGACCUGCAUCUGUGUGGACCGCUACGUCGCCACUGUGCAUCCGCACUCAUACCUGAGGAUCCGGCAGCCCUUCUGCUCUCUCGCCGUCAGCGUGGGGCUCUGGAGUGUCAGCGGAGUGGCCAUUCUCGUCUUCGUCCUCAUGGGUCCGCUAAAAAAUGGAGACGCGUCCUCAGGCCAAAGCUGCUUUGAGAACUUUACCAAGACAGAGUGGCGGGACCGUCUGAAUCUGUACAGCAUCUUCUUCCUGGUGUUAGGCUCCCUGGUGCCCUCCGUGGUCAUCCUGGUGUGCUACCCGCUGGCGGCGCGGCGCAUUUCAAGGUUUAAGACGAAAACGGCCCAGAAGGCCAUCAAGGUCAUAAGUGCCAUCCUGGCCAUCACGGUGCUCUGCUUCCUGCCCUACCACGUGAUCUACCUGCUGCACCUCCUGCAGCGCAUGGACAUCAUUCAGAACUGCUCCGCCCGCAAUGCCAUCUACAACGCGCGGCGGGUUACCAUGGCGCUCGUCACCCUCAACACGUGCCUGGAUCCUGUCCUCUACUACAUGACCACCAACCACUUCAGCUGGAAGGCUUUGAAGACAACGUGGCUGUGGGGGAUGGUGAGCAGGAGGAGGGGCAUCUACACCAUCACCAUCAGUGAGGGGCAAUGACCAGGGAGCAACACUGACUUCUGAAUCAAAUCACAUUUCAAAAUAAAAGUUAUUGGAACCAAGGGUAGUUCAUCAAAUAACCACUAGGUGGUAGAUAACACAAAGUUCACGUCAGAGAGGCUUGUUUGUCCCGCCUAUUCGCACAAUUAUGGAAACACAAAAUCACGGGGGGGGGAGGGGCAUCACCAUUAAUCAU